AUGUUUCUCAAGACCCUCUUCAUUCUGACGGCGGCUACCAUCUGUGCUGCCGCCAGCAUCCCUGUCCAAGAGGGUUUGCCCAUCUGCCGCUAUGACCAGCGCCCUGGAACCUGCCAGCACACGACACAUUGCCGCGACCUCUUCCAGGGCAAAUGCGUGUGGUACUACUGCAACCGGGGAUACCUAGAGAAAUGGAUUGACUGCGGCGCCAAGGGCUGCACAUAUCUCCAGGGCGAGCCUUCCUGCAAUCCCUAA